AUGAUGAAGGCAGCAGAAGACUUGAAGAAACAACAAAUGUUAAAAGAACAAGAACGCCAAUCAGUGCUAAAUGAAAGAAUUGUGCCUUUACCCGAGUUGGAGUCUAGUGGGGAAGAUGAAUUACAACGAAUCUCCAAGGAAUUCGCAGAGAGUGUAAUUAGGUUGGAACGGGAAAAGUAUGAUUUAAGCUACACUGUUCGACAAAAGGAUUUUGAAAUAAAUGAAUUGACUAUUGCUGUGAACGAUUUGAGGGGAAAAUUGUUUGGAAUUUUUAAAAUGAAAUUUUUUUAUUUUAAUUUUAUUUUUAAGUGUAAAGCCAACAUUAAAGAAAGUCUCCAAAGUAAAUUAAUUCUUAAUUUUAAGCUAAAUUAA